AUGGCAUUCAGAACGGGCAACGACGCCAUCUGGUGCCGGGCGUUCUCGUUGUCUUUGGAAGACGAGGCCCUCGAAUGGUUCAACACCCUGCCUCCUAGUUCCAUAGAGAAUUUCGUCAGACUAAAGCAGCUAUUUAUCCGAUAUUUCGCGGCUAACAGCACACAGGACUUGACUGUGUUUGAGUUGGUCACCCUGAAGCAGGGAAAGGAAGAAACGCUAAAAGCGUUCAUGAACCGGUACCAGAAAAUCGUACGACGAGUGAAGGCGUUAAGUCCGGAACUCACCCUCCAUUACAUCCUGCCCACUCUCAAGCCCGGACCGUUCAAAGACAGCCUCUGUUGGCGAACCCCUAAGACUAUGGAGGAGCUCAGGGAUAUAUUUAUGUACACAUGA